AUCCCUUCUUCUUCUUCCUCUUAAAACAGAAGAAGCUUUUCUUUUGUUCACCAGAAAAAUGACAGGGAUGAUGAUUCCACGUAGACUUACUCGUCGUCUGCUUAAACCUUCUCAAGCUUCUUCCUUUUUCCUGUCAUCAGCACUUUUUACAUCCGAUAAACCGCAAAACCCUAAUCCUACCACCACCCAGUUCUCGACUAAUCCUACUUUCUCCCAUCUGAAACCCCAAAUCCCUGAGUUCUAUCCCUCACUUCUCGAUCACGUUGCCAAUUUUCAGUUUCGCUCAAGUUUUUACCCAAAACCCAUUAAAAUUAACACCGAAAUCAGAAAUGAUCACUCUAAUUUGCUUUCCGGUGAGCAACCCAGAAUCUUUUGGGCAUCGAUUUCAUCUUUUGAUUUCCAGAACCAGCAACAGUUUAGUAAAAUGGAUGAAUUUAAGAACCUAGCUGUACUUGAUCGCAAGCUUUCAACUCCUAGUCUUCGGUUUGCUAGAUCAUAUUCCAGUUCCGAUCCUAAUUUGAAGAACAACAGUCCAUCAGGUUCGCCAUCAGAAUCUGAGAAUCCCGAGAACCCUAAAACCCGAAACCCGAGCGAGUAUCCGAGUCAAAACCCGAAUUUUAAGCACCAAGAAAUUGAGGGACCAACGGUUGAACGAGACCUGUCCGCAUUGGCCAGCGAGACAAGAGAAGUUCUUGAAGGGAUGAUGAAGAACGUCUAUACCUUAAGCAGAGUGAUAGCUCUUCUGGGUCUGGCUCAACUAGGAUUAGGAGCUUGGAUUUCCUACAUCACUCGCUCAUCCCCAAUCAUGGAAGUAUCUGUUCAGAGCUUUUUGGCUUUUGGGUUUCCAUUUACUUUGGCGUUUAUGCUGCGUCAAUCGUUAAAACCAAUGUAUUUCUUCAAGAAAAUGGAGGAGCAAGGUAGGCUGCAGAUUCUGACUUUGACUCUUCAGGUUGCUAAGAAUUUGAAUAUUUUCUUUGUUCGUGCUCGUGGAGCAUCUGUUUUGUGUAUUGUUGGCUUGUCAAUCGGAUUGGUGUUUGCUUUGUUAUCUAAAUGAACUCUCUGAAUCUAUUGUUAUGACUUCUUUGAUGCAAUUUUCAUGAAGUUGAAUAA